AUGAGGGCGUGGUCGGGACAAGAAGGCGACAACAACAACAACAACAACAACAACAACAACAACAACAACAACAACAACAACCAGGAACAACAGCAGCAGCAGCAGCAGCUGAGGCUGAUAGGGAGGCUAGUGAAGAGGAAGAGGAGGAGUAAGGAGGAGGAGAAGGAGGAGGAGAUGGUGGUCAUACCAUGUAUCAUCCAGAGGAGUAUGAUAAAAAGGAAGAGCACCACCACCACCAUGAUGAGGUUUGUAAAACCACAGAAUUCACCAUUUUUGGUAUUAAAACCAUGUAAUCCUGAUGAAUAUCACUUCUAUUCUAGUAUAAUACCGGAGAGAUGCCCUAAGCUUCUUAGAUUUACACCUAGAUGUUAUGGUGAGGAGGUCAUCAUGUCCAAACUACAUGAACAGAUAGAUAGAGAGAGGGAGAAGGCUAGACGGAAAAGGGAAGAGGCAGCAGCAGCUGCAGCAGUUGUAUUGGAGGAUCUAGCCCAUGGUAUGGCUACACCAUGUAUACUUGAUUUAAAGAUGGGUGCUAAACAACGUGCAGUAAGAUAUGGUUUAUCUAAAGCUAAGAUGGAGAGUAAAUUGAAGAAAUCACGACAAACAACAAGCCAUAGUUUAGCAUUUCGUAUGUGUGGUGUACAAUUAUAUGAUAGGAUUAGUGGUGAAAGAGUAUAUUAUAAUAAAUAUUAUGGAAGGAAACAAUCUGAACAAGGAGUAUUCCAGACUAUUAAUACCUUCUUUGAUUCAAUUCAAGAACCAUAUAAGAAGAUACUUAUUAAAAGGCUUGUUGAUAAGUUAGAGAGGCUUCUUACUAUACUACAAUCUCUUAAUGGUUUUCGGUUUUGGUCUGGUAGUCUACUAUUUGUAUUUGAUGCACAGAGUAUUGAACCAAGAAAUGGGACUGUUAAAAUGAUUGAUUUUGCUCAUACCUCCAUAAUAUCUCCUAAUAAUGGCCCUGAUGAGGAGUAUUCCACUGGUAUUAGGAAUCUUAUAGUAUAUCUUAGUAAUAUACCAUUACAAAGUGGUGUAUCAGAGGAUACUAUUGAUGAGAUAUAUGCUACUAUGGUAGAACCUAAUCUAACACAACCGCCAGAUCCAUCAAUACAGGGUCCAUCUACCACCCUAGGACAGGUAGGGAAGAUGACGACGACGACAUUCAAGGUGGUCCCUGAGGUGGAGGCUGACACUUAUGAUAAUACCAAACACUCUUUUUGGAAGGAUUACGUCGCCCAAAGACUCUCCAAGCGUACUGCUGUAGGUUGGGGCAGGUGGGAUGAAAGCAUCGAAGCCUUCUUGUAA